AGCCUCCAUUCUGUGGAAUGAAAUAGUGCUACAGAGAAUAAACAACUUUACCAUGGCUGAGAACAAAGAAAAAAGGAUUUUAAACUUUGUGCUGCAGAAUGCGGUCAGAGGGGAUCCCCAGAGUGUGGUGGACACCAUAGAUACGUACUGCUCCCAGAAGGAGUGGGCUAUGAAUGUUGGGGAUGAAAAAGGUUUGAUUCUAGAUAAGAUAGUGGAGGAGACAAAGCCAUCAGUCUUGCUGGAGCUGGGAACAUACUGUGGCUACUCAGCCGUGAGGAUUGCUGGGCUGUUAAAGCCAGGUGCUCGCUUACUGACCAUCGAGUUCAACCCUGACUUUGUUGCUAUUGCUAAACAGAUGAUUGAGUUUGCUGGAGUGCAAGAUAAGGUGAAAAUUCUAGAAGGUCCUUCGGAGACAAUUAUCCCACAGCUGAAGAAAAAGCAUGAAGUGGACACAUUGGAUUUUGUCUUUCUUGACCAUUGGAAAGAUAGAUACCUGCCCGACACUGUCCUGCUGCUUGUAUGUGGCAUGCAGAGGAAGGGCUCUGUUCUCCUAGCUGACAAUGUCAUCUGUCCUGGGGCCCCAGAGUUCAUUAAGUACAUCCGCAAUAACAACCAUUUCAAAUGUACCAACUUUCCCUCGCACUUGGAGUACAUGAAAGCGAAGGACGCCAUGGAAAAGGCUGUGUUUUUGGGAUAAGUGGAGCCACUGGUAGUCAACUGUUGUUUCAAGUGUUGUAAAUGCAAGUGCACAGGUUAACUCUGUCUGUGCUUCAAGUUCAGCUUUCUGUAUUUUUGAGCUGUAAUUAAAGCAAGUUAUAAUGAAGAUGACUUUAGAAAAAAGGGAAACCAAGGUCUAGAGCAAGGGGGGGCAAUAAUUUUUGUAAGUGGACUACUUCAACUUUGGUAAUGGCCCCGAGCCAGUCACACCCCCAGAAAAGGGCAGAGCCUCAGUCAAAUGGGGUGGGCCUAGGGCAGAAGAGUGGUUCCCGCUAGGCACCAUGUGCCUCUGGUGGUAGGGAGGGAAGGAGACUUUCCUGUGGAGUACGGGAUCAUGCAAAAAUCUCUCAGCCCCCACCACUACUGUGCCAGGGUGUGCAGCUCACAGACAGAAUCACCAACUGUUUUGAACCGCUGGAGGUUCCCUCUGGUGCUGUGGACCCCUGGCAGUGGGGAGGAGACUUUGCCUGCUCCCAUCUCCAAGCCCUGAUUGGCCUUGGGGCAGUGGUGGGGCAGGGUGGGCUGUGGGCCAGAUAAAUUAGCUUGGCAGACUGGGUCCAUCCCAUUGACUGGAUCUUGCCCAUUCCUGGUCUGGAGAGCAUGUGCAUAAAUAGGGAAGCCAGCCAAACAUUAGAGGGAGCAGCCUGUUUGUUUUUUUUCUUUUCAGAUGGCUAUCUUCAUCCAAAAUGAUAUACAUUCCUUUUAGGUGAUCUGCUUCUUGCCAGACAGCAAAACCAAUUGGUUUCCUUUGAAUUCAAACUCUAGAGCCAAGAGUGAAGCAGAAAAUCAUAGCAACUGCUGUGUGUGUGUCCUCAAGCCAAAACAGACUAAUCGCUUUUAAGGAGGAGAGACACACCACACAUUUUGCAGAGAAAUGCACCACUGUGAAGAGCCCUGCAGUUACAUCACACCCAUUCUUUGGUAGCUGCCAGUAAAAAAAUUAAUUGUGUUGUGUCUUGGAGAAAAUAAAACACGGUUUGAGAGUGGGCAAGGCAGACAAUUAAAUGAUUGUGCUAUAUGAAAUACAUGGGUGAAGAUAUACAUUUGUAGGGUCCUUUUAACACACAAACAGCUUUAAGAGAGCUGCUUUUUUAUAACAAACUACAAAACGCACAGACCACCAAGACCUUGAUAAAAAUGUGGUUUUCCAACCCUUUAUAUUGUACAUAACCAAUGUAAGCUCUUUGGGGACAGAAGAUGCUUCUUACUGUGGGCCAAGAGCUGCAUAAAUGUAAGGUGCUGGCUGAUUUAUAAUAGGACACAACAAGGCUGUGCCUUUCAGGGCAUUUAUUGUACUCUCCAGGUACUUCUCACAUUACAAUAUAUAAUACUAAGGAUUACUAUUAAGGUAAAAGGCCAUACCCAUAAUGACUUUAUUCACCUGAAUGAUGCAAUAAUUCACUGGCAGGGCAGUUCUUAGUGUGUCCCAUUGCUAUUGCACAGCUGCGUGAAAUUCAAAAUUUAUAAAUAAAAAUGAAAGGGAAAAAA